UCCGCACAUUGUUGUUCUGCAUGUAGUGGCGGUUCUUUCAUCUUCAACCCAUAGGACCCCCGCGCAGCUUAAAAAAUCCUUCAACCAAGAAUAAAAACCGAUCUUCUUUCGACGGGAUCUGUAGUAAGGUCGUUGCGCUAAGUGAAUCAAAUCUAUUCUUCCACAAGACGUUUUAUGAGCAAGGUAAGGUUCUGGUGUUAAAUGAAAACCAAAAUUUAAAUCAAUCAUCUGAUCCACGGACGUGUCGAGUGGUCAGAAUCCAUUAGAGAUACGUUGAUCAUAAAACGACAGUUGAAGUUUUCCGAUGGUACAUUUUUUUCAUGCGCGGUUCGUUCAUGAUGUGCAUCUACAAUUUUUUUUCGUGCUUAGCCUGAAGAAGAUGAGGAUUUCGUAAGUACUAAAGAACUUUACAAUGAAUGACCCGGCGCAGGCAAGAAUUAGGUGGUGCAAAAGUCUGCUCUGAUAUUUUUGAUCAGGGCUACUAAGUAGACAGAGACGCGGACGCCACUAGUACCGCGAGCAAAAUGCAUGUCGUCGCGACCGUUGCAGAAGACUAUUAGAAAUCUUAAAGCGACGACUCUGUAGUGCUAUCAAGACCCACUUUGCACUUCACUACACCCCCUCCAAAAUAUCAUGACCUCCGAAGAUCAAACGCGCCAGGCUGCGGAGGGUCUGUUCCUCCCCGGCGUCCCGGUGCCAACCGCGGGCGCCUCCGUCCUUCUUGAAAUGGAAGAGGCGAAAAAGAAGCAGGACCUGCCCGCGCUGCGAACGUCCCUGUUAAAAGCAAGACAACUUCCCGGCGUCAACACGCCGUGGAUCGACAACGCGCUGCAGGAGAUCGAAAACCUCCAGCAGGUCCAGCAGCAGCAGGGGGGCACGAACAUCACCGACAUUGCGCGCCAGUGCAAGGACAAGGGGAAUGCAGCGCUGAAGGAGGCGAACAACAGCAAGCAGAAAUUAAAACAAGCCGGCGAGCACUACACCACGGGCGUGACGAUACUCAGCACCUUCCUGCAGAACCAGGCGAAACUGGCUGAGGACCGGGCGAAAAAGGUGAAGGAAGGGGUGUUGAAGCCAGAAGAGGCGGACAAUACCGACCCGGAGAAGGAAAAAAUGAUCGCGGACUCAAAAGUGCUCCUCUCCCAGCUCUACUCCAACCGGGCGCAGGUGUUGCUGCAGAUCCGCGAGUUCUCCGGGUGCGUGGACGAUUGUAAGCGGUGUCUGGCGUUGGACAACGCCAAUAUGAAGGCCUACUACCGGGCCGCAAGGGCCAGUCUCCUGAACGGGUUGUUUCAGCAAGCGGUCGACUUUUGCACGGCGGGGAUCGAGGUAUUGUUAUAGCAUCAUUCAAUCGUAUAGAAAAAUAGUAAAAACAUGCAGCCAUAAGCCUGACAAAUUUAUCUGCAAAAAUCAUUUGGAAGACAUUGAGAUUCAGACCACGAGCAAUUUUCGAUAUUUACACACGACGACCAGGUUGCAGAAGCCGCGCAAGCCUCUAGUUCCGCCGCUGCACCAGCUUCCAACACCGAGGAUUUGAAGAAGCUCUUGGAUUCCGCGUCCCAAAAGCUGAACGCGCAGAAGGACAUCAAGGAGAAACUCUCUGUGUCCCCGCAGGAGCUGAUGGACCAGCAGCAGAACGUGCAGCGACUCUACGGUCAGCUGCAGCAGCUCCAGCAGCAAAUUUUCCUGAAGAAGCAGAAGCAGCGAGCGCAACUGGUCACCAAGGAGUACGUGAAGACGCAGUGCCAGGACGUGAACACCUACGUGUCCUGCGGGAAGGUGUUUGUCAUGCGCAGCCACGACGGUCUGGUCAAGGAUAUGGAGGACCAGAUGGAAAGCCUCGACGCGGAGCUGCCGAAAAUGGAGAAGGCACACGCGGAAUUGAAGGAGCGGUUUGACGCGGCCAACGCAGAAUUCGAGGCGAUUGUGAAGCACAUGAACAAACAUCUGGUCGGACGGCAGAGGCAGUGAGGGAAGAGCUGUAGCAGGUCCAUCUUCAGAAGUAGAGGAAGACCAAUUAUGCUGAGCGUGGAUAUUAUAAUUCUUGACAAAGUUCUUAUUGCGUGCUUUGUCCACCACGCCGGCACCCUGAUGCGCUCCUUGUUGUACUCAUCAUCACGACCCACUUCGAAUUCUUCUUCAGACGACAACAUCAUGUAUCAUUUUCAUGUGCCAUGCUCUGACACAUCUUCACACCAUGAAU